AAAAAAACUAAACUAAACAAACACCACAAACCCUAUUUUGUUACCAUAAACCAAAACCCCCAAAUUCCUCGCAUUUUAUUUCAGUUCAAUCAUCAUUAAUCAAUGGCUCAGGAUUUAUGGCUCAGGAUUUAAAAGAGGAUGGAUUUCCUGAUUUACCAGUAGAAGUUUCUGAAUCCAUCUUGUCCCGAUUCGACUUUUCUGAGAUAAACCAACUAAAGUAUCUAAGUAAGCAAUUCAAAAGUUUGAUUAAAUCAAAACCAUUUUCAGAAGUGUACAACAAUAUGGCUGAAUCCUCGGCAUCUAAUUGGUUGAUUGCACAUGCCAUCUUCCAACCCAAGAACAAAGUUGGGGUACUUUAUUGUAUAAGGGAAUCGGACUCGAUGACGAAGAUAAUCGAUUUGGGUAGGCUUCUUCAAGGGCGGAUAGAACCAGAAGGUGAAAUUUGGUUAAGUGUUCAAAAUUCAUUGGUGCUACUAAGGUAUUUCAAUCCCCCAAAAGUCUUUAAUUUAUUUGUUAUCAAUAUAGGAACAAAUCAAAUUCAUGUCAUCAAUGUCCCUGAAAUCAUUGACGGCCAUUACUUAAAUGUUGAUACUGCAAAUUUUGUCUUUGAACCACGUGCCACUGUUAUGAAUGAUAUCACCUAUAAGAUUGUAACUGCCGAGUUCGGCGAAGAUGAAAUCCUUAGGCACUUUCGUUAUACUUCUGCAAAUGGAAAUGAUCAGUGGCAUGUCAGUCAUGCCCGCUUGCUUGAAGCCCAGGAAAGUAUACAUCCUGAUGGUGGUAAUGAUGAUCUCAUUAGGGCUAGUGACCUAGGAAUGCUACUUGUAUCGACUAGGCUAGGUGAAUCAAUUUAUAAAUGUCCACCUACCGAUGAAUUUACCGAGCUUACUUUCAGCCUUGCAUUUAGUAUGUUUACCCUAGAUGACUUGAAGCGAUCCAUCGUCGAAACCUACUUCGGUUUGGAUGGGUGGGCGAUAUUAUUGGUUAGACGCACAGAUCGAGGGAAUGAUUAAUUGACACGUGUGGCUAAGAUAAGCUUGUUUCAAAUUAAGGAAGAUUGGACCUCGUAUCGACAUGUUUCUACUACACCUAAAGAUAAGAUCAGCCCAAACAUUUUUUUCUUUGAUGGACAAUGUUAUGUGCAACAAGUAGGCACAAAAGUCAACAUCACCCUAGUUACACAACAUCACGCCUAUGAUUCUGAUGAUGACGAUGGCUCUGGCCCUUUCCCAUGGAUGCUACAUAAGUACACAUUUAACACUGCCAUCAGUAAGUGGCGCGCCGUUGACAUCUGGAAUGUUGUUUAUACCGCCAAGCUAACCCUUGGGCGUACUGCUUAGGUUAGGAAUAUCAUAGGAAGAGAAGGGACUAAUUUUGGAGAAUCAUGAAGAUGAAAAAAAGGGGCAAAGAUGGACACCUUAACGAAAAGGGGGCAAAGAAGAAGUGAAGAUGCCAAUAUAUUUGUGUCUCCUACAACCUAGAAUUUCAACCUUGACAUUCUAUACCCUUUGUUGCCUGUAUUUUUGUUAUUAGUAUCUCAUACUACUUUUGGGUGUCAAUCUAUUGCUGUAUUAAACUUAUUUAAUCUAUCUAUCAUAUGACCUUGUUAAUCUUGUUUUUA